GCCGCGGGUUUUCCUGCGGGGCCCCGCAACUGCUGGGAAAAGUGGCUGUGCCCCGGGAGCGACGGAGCGCAAGAUAAUUCUCUAAUGGACCAAUGAAAGCCAACGAUGACAAGUUGUGGUCAACAGUCCUUGAAUGUGCUGAUGGUUCUACUUUCAUUACUAUUGUCAGCAGCCUUGUCUGCACAUUUCCGGGUCUGCGAGCCAUACACAGACUACAAAGGUCGCUACCACUUUGGUUUUCACUGCCCCCGUCUUUCUGACAAUAAAUCCUACAUCUUUUGCUGUCACCAUAACAACACAGUAUUUAAAUACUGCUGCAAUGAGACAGAAUUUCAGACUGUUAUGCAGAUGAACUUAACGGGGAAUGCAGAUGGAUAUAUGCACAACAACUACAGUGCACUGUUAGGAGUGUGGAUCUAUGGCUUUUUUGUGGUGAUCUUGCUGGUACUGGACCUUUUAUAUUACUCUUCAAUGAACUAUGAUAUUUGCAAACUUUACUUGGCACGGUGGGGAAUCCAGGGAAAGUGGAUGACACAGGGACAGAACCGAUGGAUUAACCCUGCUCAGGAUCCAAGCCAAGUACAGACACAGCCUCAGCCAGAGCCACAGCCUCAAACUCAGCCACAGCCUCAAACAUCACAGACAGUACAUACUUUAAAAGGAGAUGCUUUAAGCCCACCCCUGAUGUCUUUUCAGAGUACAUCUGCCUGAAAUUUCUACUGAUGUGCCUCAAGAUGGGAGAGGUAAGAUCAGUCUUCAAGGAGCAGCUUCCAAGAAAAUCAACUCGAUGACAAGAGCUGAAAAAAUGAUGGAUAAGCAGGAGAGAGAAAGACUACAAGAGGGGCAUUGAGCAAGUCAACUGCUGAGAAACAUCAUUCAGACAACUUCUAUAGGCAAGUGAUACAGAAAGAGUCUCCAGAAGAAAGCAGUCUGUAAGCAAUAUUUAAAUUUUAGACCGACAACAUUAUCUCUGAAAGGAAGCACCAUAUUUGAGGAAAUGCUCAACAGGGAGAAAAUUGAGUUGCUCUGGCAAAUUCACACAAAGGUGUAGAAGAUCACAAGACAAACCUUUGGUAGAUAACUUUUCUUUGCCUCCCCAUCCAUGUAGUGCCAUUUGAGCCGAAUGUAAGUGUCAGAAUACUGAAUGUGAGUUUUUCCAAAGUUCUCUAGAUAAUAUUUUGUGACAAUAGGGUAGAUGCUGGCAAUCCCCAUCAUUGUUAACCACAAUGGUUAACGUGCAUUACAAGAUAAGUGAAGCUCUUUCCUUGAGUUCAACUGCAGAGUAGCAAUCAUUUCCACCUUAAUACACAUUUUAAGAUCAUUGGCAAUGAUUCUACUAAAACAUCAAACAUCUGAGCAUAUCUUGGCUUCAGCUUCACACACUCUCCUGAAGAGAAGAGCUUUAUUAAGAAGCAACACAGGCACCCCAUUCCACCCCCCUACUCCUUGAAGUUGAAAGAAAACCAGAAGAAAAUCAACUAUAUAUUUCAGAAGCAAUAACACUAUUGUCCCUCUGCUUUACAAGGCAAUAAUCCAAUUCCCUCUGCCACAGCCUGUCUUCAGAGUUUACCCCUCACAAAUCUAAGAAUUCAUGUGUAAGCUGGAAGGGCAAUGAUGCCACCACAGAAGUCUCCUCAGUCUUGGUCUUUGGUCACUAUGUUGCAAUAGCUUGACUUCCCUUUCCACAAGACAGGUUUAUUUUAAAAUAUCAGCUUAAAAAGUAAUCAAUUACAUGGGAAAAUCCUGUUAAAUUCAAUUAUUUAAGACAUACACGUGGAGAACCUGGCAAUGGCAACCAAACACAGGAGCUCAUCUAGAAAUCAUAACACAAACCCAUGAUAAUGCCAAAUUAAUCCUUCACGCCUAAGAUUUUGUCCUGCAAACCUGAAUAACUUUAAAAUAAUCAUAUAUUUUGCUACACAGCCAACACCUAAUCAGUGAACAAUCAAGUUUUCUUUUUGUACAGCUUUGACUUGAGUGGAUUGUACUCUUCUGUUGAACUCCAAAGGGGUAGACUGCUGAGUGGUCCGAGCGAAUUCAGGGCUACUGGAGCACAUGAUGGUGCAUGACUAAAGCAGGACUAGUGCUGGGGGACCCAACAAGGCUGGAGACCACAAGAGUGCCUGGUCUUCAAAGAAGGCCCUCUCUGAGUAGUAUACCAAUAUGCACAUGCCCCUUUUCUUUGCAAACCAACUAGUAAAAAAAUGCUGAGUAUCACCAAGUAAGGGCAGGCAACAGCUAAUAAGAAAGAAUUUGAAUGCCACAGGUGGGAAUGCCACCCAGAAGGCAUUAGACUCUGUCCUGUCCUAACUAAGCUUAAGGCCUGGCCCACUCCUCACAGAACCUUCUGCAUAUGCACCUCUGCAGGCAGCUCUGCUUGUAGAGCUAUACCAGAGCAGUGCAACUGGGGUGUUUUCCAUGGUGAGAAAGAUAGCACUUAAAACAGAGUCAGUAUUUUUUAAACCUCGAUUCACACUAAACCCCGAAGAUUCCAGUUUUCUAAAAAUAAUAUUUGAUCAGAGCAUUGCAGAGCCGUUCAAAGCAUUUCAGCUGGGAACAAAAUGGAACCUCCAGCAAAGAGAUGCUGUAAGCAGCUUGCAGAUACUGGCAGGCAGUUGAAACUGCUCUCUCCAUGAUGAUGGGAGCUUAGACAGGGAAAGGGGCAGUGCUCCUGGAGGUGGGAGAGCUGAUCCCAUGAGAUGUGAGGCAGUGCUACUAGUGCCAAUUUGCAAGAAAAGCAAAGGAAACCAAGUAGCUGGAAGCAGUGCCAUCUAUACCUUUGCCAGCUUCAUUUCUUCCCCACCCUUCCACAGCAGCUCAAAGAUGCAGAACCCCUGCAGACCUGCCACAAGUACAUACCUACAAUCAUCAGUCUUACCUUGGUGCUUCGCAGUAACUGUAUGCUCCUCUUACCUUCUACCAGCACCUACUUUCAUUGUGAGGUGAUCACCACCACAGAGAGCUUUGUAAAAAGCUUAUGUUCAUGAAGGAAUUUGUAUUAGAUACUGGUUUCUGUGACUUACUGUAUUUUGUAAGGGUUUUUUUCCCUUUGGGAAUUGUGCGUUAUUAAUGAGCAGUUUUAUGCUUUACUUCUAGUACAUGUAUACCUUGUAACUGAUGUGCUUUUUGUUUUGGUUUGUUUUCUUAUGUUCUCUAUACAGAGCCAGUUAAUAGAAGGUAGAUACUCUCUGUCUGAAAUUCUCAUUUUGCCUACCAAUUAAUUUAUGGAUAAAUCCAUGUCGUAGCUGAUGAACCAUUGUUGUGUUGUUACAAUCAUCUGAUAGCAUCUCUAAUUUAGCAGAAUAUGAGAUCCUGAAUAAGACUAAUAAUGCUUGUUGGGCCUUAAACUAAUAGGAAAUAGUGCACCACAAGUUUCCUGACCAUGGCUAUUGGCCCUUCUCCCUUAGUGUUCAGAACAUUGUAGAACAGCACUGGCUAGACAGUCACCUGAACAUCUCAGCUGUCUCUGUAGCUGUGCUCUGACAUCCCUCUGCAUUUACGUGAUUGAAGUUACAGUGUACCAGAUAUUUGACAGAAAGAAACUGGUUCCAACACAAUAAUUCUCUAGAAGAGAAGACCUGGACUAAAACACAUCUUUUAUUCUAUGCCUAUCCUCCUCUGGUUAGAAAAAUAAGGGAUCUUAAAUUAGCACUUAGAGAAGUGCAUCAUUCCAUUGUGGACCCUCUUUAACAAGGGCAGCUGUUUCAGUGGCUAUUAACAACCUUCAUGCUCUGGAAACCUCCUUCCUUGUCCAACUCAUUUUCUCUCUUCAGCUUUACAAGAUCUGAGUUUCCAACUUCUUAAUAAUUGCUGUGUAUAACAUAGGACAUAAAAAGAUAAGUGAUAAAGCUUGUGCAGGACUCAGUGUUGUAAUUAAACCAUCUUUCGUGCCUGGUUAUCGAUCUUGCAAAACCAGAGUGAAAACAAUCUGGCCACUUAAUGUAUACUUUGGCAUAUUGUAGCAGCUCUUUUAGAUAACUGUUUUUUAAUAGUUUUAUUAUGGCUGUAAUUUCUGCACGAGGACUGUCCACUUGAAGAAGCUAUGAAUUGCCACGUCAAAGCCAUUUUGAAAGUCAAUUCCAUUUCACCACCAGUGAUGGUGUAUGAAAAGUAAAGCAACAAAAAACAAACCCUCACCCACUCCCCAGGGAGAAACAUCUGUUCUCAGACUCAAAAUUUCUCUUGUAUAAGAUAGGCGUUUCUUCUAGUCCUCCUUUGACAUAAAUAGUACAUCUUUCAGGUAAUAUAUACAGUGCAAUAGUCUAUUAAGUAGUCAGCAGUCAAAUUUUAGGCUAAUUAAGCUAACUAGAAAUUCUAGGGUUGCAGUGAUUUCUCAUUCUUUAUUAAUACAUUGACAAUAAUACUGUUUACAUAACACUUGAUGUUUGAAAUCAAUGUGCCAGUGUCCAGUGAUUUGCUAAUCUAGAUUUGAUCUAAUCUUGUCCUAUUUUUUUGCAGCAUUCUCUAACUUCAUAUUAAGAAUCAUGUUGUCUUUCUGAAGUGAUUGCCAAGUAAACCAAAAAUGUGUUUUACACUGCUCUUGCACUGCUCUUGUCUUUCUAUACAGUAGUUUUUAUAAAGAUGUCCUUAGGUUUUAAUAAAUGAGUGUAACCUAAACUAAUCUCUGUAAUAAAACUUGCUUUAGUGUUUCAAAGA